AUGGAGGCUCAUGUCACCAAUGAAAAAUCCCAAGAGCUGGUGAGUUACAGCGGAAUUGUUCGUGAUGUUUUCACACAAGGUGCAUUUUGUGCAAUCAGGGGAGACACAAGUGCUGCAGAUCAGAUUUUUAAAGUAAUACGGACUGCCGUAUUGACGGUACUGAGAGAAAUUUUUACGAAAUCACUUCAAAAAACUGAAAAGCCCGUGAUGAUGAAGUCUUUUAAUCAUAAGAAAGUAUCACAGCUGCUUGCAAACCUGGAUGAGAACGACGUCUAUGUGAGAAACUUGAAGAACCAAUUGAAUAGAUUUGGUGGCUUAGACGAAGAUAUGGAGAAGGUACACGACAGAAUCAGAAAUAAGGUGGAAAAGCAAGUUCCAAAAGACGUAAAUUUUUUAUUUUUACAAAUUAUGUGGUUAUGGUAUUUUUUUGCUAUCAAAAAGCUCCAAGAAGCCUUUCAAAAACGUCAAAGUCGAGGCCAGCAAAGCUUUGAGAAACAAUCCGAUUUCCGUAUGAAAUGCGAUAUCGACGAAUGCAAGAUUGCCAUCAAGAAAUUGGCUGAAUCAGUGACAACUGUGAAGAAUGUUCUGGAGAAAAAAAUCACAAAACAAAGUCGGAAGGUGAGAAAGACUGUUAGUUUUGGUGAACGCAAGAAGUUUUCUUCGUAA